AUGGUCUCAACUCAGCCUCCGUCCUCCCUGAGGACUUUGCCGAGUAGAGAUGUGUCCAGUUCGAGCAACGGCGCACCGCCAUCGCCCUCCACACCAACUUCAACUAGAACCCUAAAUCCGUUGUCUUCCAAAGUCACAACCGUCCUGUCAACAUCGUAUGCCGAUUCCGAGUUCAGAGAUGCAUUGCAGCUUCUCGACUGCCGAGGUCUCAAGAACACGGCCGAAACACGCCGCCAAUUACGACUGGACCUGCAGAAAGAAGUCAUCGAUAGCAAUGGGGAAAUCGUCUUUCAGUUUGGCCGAGUGGCCGAUCAACUGCGUCGCAUAGGGUCAACCCUGGACAAACUGAACAACAACUAUCAAGAUGUAAGGAGCCGCAUCACUGCGGCACAUCAAGAGACGGGCCCAAUUCUAGAAGAGGCGUCGUCGCUGAUGAAGCAACGAGCCGAGGUUGAAACCAAACAGCACCUUCUCAAGACGCUGCGCAACCACUUCAUUCUCUCCGACGACGAAGUCGCCUCGCUGACCUCAACUGCCGAGCCUGUCGACGACGGCUUUUUUGCUGCGUUGUACAAGGCAAAGCGAGUGAGCAAGGAUUGCGAGAUCUUACUCGGGUUUGAGAAGCAGACCCUGGGGCUCGAGAUUAUGGAGCAGACAUCCAAAAAUCUUAACCUAGCUUUCCAAAAGCUGUACAAAUGGGUGCAGCGCGAGUUCAAGACGCUGAACCUCGAAAACCCUCAGAUGAGUUCGUCCAUUCGUCGUGCCAUCAGAGUCCUAGCCGAGCGGCCUUCCCUCUUCCAAAAUUGCCUCGACUUCUUUGCUGAGGCCAGAGAACGUAUUCUAUCCGAUGCCUUCCACCUCGCAUUGACUGGCACCACGACAUCGGGCGUGGAAGACCAAUCUAUCAAGCCCAUCGAAAUGGCGGCUCACGACCCACUCCGGUAUGUGGGUGACAUGCUUGCCUGGAUACACUCGGCGACCGUGAGCGAGAGGGAGGCUCUCGAAGCCCUCUUCGUAUCAGAAGGGGACGAGAUUGCCAAAGGCCUCCAGUCGGGCCGAGCCAACGAACUCUGGCAGCUUCUCGAUGAAGGGGACGGCGAGGCGGCGCCGGUCUUCGAUGCCCUCAAGGCGCUCAACGACCUGGUGGACAGAGACGUGUCUGGAGCCACGAGAAUUUUACGGCAAAGAGUCGAGCAGGUUAUUCAGUCAAAUGAGGAGACCAUUCUCGCCUACAAGCUUGCAAACAUCCUCAGUUUCUAUCGGUUCACGUUUGCUAAGCUGUUGGGCAGCGAGUGCGGGCUCUUGGAUCUCAUGUCGGGGCUGGACACAAAUGCGUUGAGGCAGUUCCGGUCGCUUAUGAGAGACCACAUCGCUACGCUGCAGGGCGAGUUCCAGCAAACGCCCUCGGACCUUGUCCCUCCAGACUUUUUGCUCGAAGCGCUCAAGCAGUUGACUGCGGUCAUGAAGACGUACGAAAUCUCGCUGGCAACAUCUUCGGAUCGCGAGAGUGACUUCCAGCCUAUUCUUGCCGAGGCGUUCGAGCCCUUUUUGGCGGGUUGCGAGAACAUGGCAAAAGGCGUGAGAAGUCCGGCAGACGCCAUCUUCAUGACAAACUGUCUACUAGCGGCGAAACAUACGCUCGAGCCCUUUGAUUUUACGAAAAGGCGAAGACAGGCGUUGCAGGAUAGGGUGGCAGAAGAGUGCGAAAAGCUCGCAGAAGAGCAAUACCGGUUCUUCCGUCAGGGUUCUGGACUCGGACAGAUGCUUGAAUCGCUGGGCAAGCUCACAACAGAGCAAAGUGACGUGGAGAAGGUAGUAUUGCUCGCAGAGCUGCAGCCCGAAGCGCUGAGUCGAGCGAGCCAAACGCUCGACGAUUUCCUACCCUCGGCGCUCAUGGACGCCAUGGAGAAUGUCAAGCACCUACAAGACUCAACUUUGGCACGGCAACUCACGGAAAAGGCCGCCGGGAAAUUCUGUGACGAGUUUGGGCACAUCGAGGAAAUGUUACUGCUGGCGGACGAAUUGGCUUCCGGUGACGGAGACACGGACGCCGUUGUUGAUGAACCCCAAUCGCUCCGUGCCGUGUUUCCUAGGACGACAGGAGAGAUUCGGGUUCUCUUAUCCUGA